AUCGGAACUCUCAACUAAAGUCCUCUCUCUGCUUUCUGCACCUCGGGCUGUAGUGGUAUUGCACCAGCGGUUAGGACAACGGCUCCAGGCAAAAGAAUACAACUUUGCUAUCAUCUCCUUGUGAGUGGGACUGGCAACCCAGUUGCACCUCUAGGAACAUAUACUCUACAAGACAUCAUAGACUUGUGCCAACUGACAGAUUGCCUAGCCAGGCUCCAGGCAUGGAGGAGCUUAUAUGGGAGCAGUAUACUGUGACACUGCAAAAAGAUUCCAAAAGGGGAUUUGGUAUCGCUGUAUCUGGGGGAAGGGACAACCCUCACUUUGAAAAUGGUGAAACAUCAAUUGUCAUCUCAGAUGUACUUCCAGGUGGGCCUGCAGAUGGACUACUUCAAGAAAAUGACAGAGUGGUUAUGGUUAAUGGCACCCCCAUGGAGGAUGUUCCCCAUUCAUUUGCUGUUCAGCAGUUAAGAAAAAGUGGAAAGAUAGCUGCUAUUGUUGUCAAAAGACCCCGAAAAGUACAGCUUGCUCCUCUAAGGGGCAGCCCUUCCAUGGAUCCAGAUGAACGGGCUUUCCAUGUAAUGGAUGAUCAGGCAGAGUUCGAUGGCAGAAGUGCCCGCAGUGGAUACAGUGAGAGAAGCUGGCACAGUGAUAAUCGAGAACGUAGCCGCAGUUGGGAAAAUAGCCCUGAAAGAUUUCCCCAUGACCAAUAUGGUGGCCGAGAAAGGAGCUACAGCCGUGAACGGAGUCGGGGCCGAAGUCUAGAGAGGGGUUUAGGUGAGGACUAUAGGAGAGACCAGAGCCGAGGCCGAACCAUUAAUCGAGGUGAUAGUUAUGACCAUGGUUAUCAAAGGAAUUACAGUCCAUCUGGAGAGUGCAGCCAGAGAUAUCCAGCUAAUGUUACAUAUGAGAUGAAGAAAAGCCACAGUCGAGAGCAGCUGUAUUCCCGAAGUCCCACUCCUGAGAUACGACAUCAGCCAGAUCACAUGGAGCAGCAUGACAUAGAAAGACCCAUUGAUGUUCUUUUGACAAAAAGUAAAUCCAGUGAAGAAUAUGGACUCAGACUUGGGAGUCAGAUUUUCAUAAAAGAAAUGACUAGAACUGGUCUCGCAACUAAGGAUGGCAAUCUUCAUGAAGGAGACAUAAUUCUUAAAAUCAAUGGCACUGUAACAGAAAAUAUGUCUUUAGCUGAUGCCCGAAAACUGAUAGAGAAAUCAAGAGGGAAACUCCAGUUAGUAGUCUUGAGAGACAGCAAGCAGACUCUAAUCAAUAUACCUUCAUUACAUGACAGUGACUCAGAAAUUGAAGAUAUUUCAGAAAUAGAAUCAAAUCAAUCAUUUUCUCCAGAUGAGAAAAGGAUCCAUUCUUCUGAUUUUGAUUAUAAUUCCUCAAAUGAAAAGCUGAAAGAAAGGACAAAAGAGGAUACAUCAAAUAAACUUUCCAAAAUGGGAGCAACACCCACGCCAUUUAAACCCAUUGGUGAUAUUCCUAUUGUUCCAGAAAACAAUAAGGAACCUAAAUACCAAGAAGAUUUCCUUGUUUCUCAACCUAAAGCAGCACCAAGAACUUUUCUUCGGCCGAGUUCUGAAGAUGAAGCGAUAUAUGGCCCAAACACUAAAAUGGUGAAAUUCAAGAAAGGAGAUAGUGUAGGCCUUCGACUGGCUGGUGGAAAUGAUGUUGGGAUAUUUGUUGCUGGCAUUCAAGAAGGAACAUCGGCAGAACAAGAGGGUUUACAAGAAGGAGACCAAAUUCUGAAGGUGAACUCUCAGGAUUUCAGAGGCCUGGUUAGAGAAGAUGCAGUUCUCUGCCUAUUAGAAAUCCCCAAAGGUGAAAUGGUGACUCUUUUAGUUCAGAGCAGAGCAGAUGUAUAUAGGGACAUUCUGGCCUGUGGCAGAGGGGACUCGUUUUUCAUCAGGAGCCACUUUGAAUGUGAGAAAGAAUCACCUCAAAGCUUAGCAUUCACAAGAGGAGAGAUUUUCAGAGUAGUAGAUACGCUGUAUGAUGGCAAGCUGGGUAACUGGCUAGCUGUGAGAAUCGGAAAUGAGCUGGAAAAAGGCCUAAUUCCAAAUAAAAGCAGGGCAGAACAAAUGGCCAGUGUACAGAAUGCUCAGAGGGACAACUCUGGAGACAGGGCAGAUUUCUGGAGAAUGCGUGGUCAGAGAUCUGGAAUUAAAAAGAAUUUGAGAAAAAGUCGAGAAGACUUAACUGCUGUAGUAUCUGUUAGCACCAAAUUCCCAGCUUAUGAAAGGGUUCUACUUCGAGAGGCUGGUUUCAAGAGGCCUGUGGUCUUGUUUGGACCCAUAGCUGAUAUAGCCAUGGAGAAAUUGGCCAAUGAAUUGCCUGGUGUGUUUCAAACUGCCAAGACAGAACCAAAAGAUGCAGGAUCCGAGAAAUCCAGUGGAGUUGUGCGAUUGAAUACUGUGAGACAGAUUAUUGAACAGAAUAAGCAUGCACUUCUGGAUGUGACUCCUAAAGCCGUGGAUUUGUUAAACUAUACCCAAUGGUUCCCAAUUGUGAUCUUCUUCAACCCAGACUCUAGACAGGGAGUAAAAACAAUGAGACAAAGGUUGAAUCCUACAUCUAACAAGAGUUCUCGGAAGCUAUAUGAUCAAGCCAAUAAACUAAAAAAGACUUGUGCUCAUCUUUUUACAGGUACAGUCAGUCUCAAUUCAGCUAAUGACAGCUGGUUUGGCAGCUUAAAAGAUUUAAUUCAACAGCAGCAAGGAGAAGCAGUUUGGGUAUCAGAAGGAAAGUUGGAAGGGAUGGAUGAUGAUAUGGAUGACCGAAUGUCCUACUUAACGGCUAUGGGUGCUGACUAUCUGAGCUGUGACAGCCGCUUGAUCAGCGACUUUGAAGAUACAGAUGGAGAGGGAGGGGCAUAUACUGAUAAUGAACUUGAUGAACCAGCAGAGGAGCCUCAAGUUUCUUCAAUUACCCGUUCAUCUGAACCAGUGCAACAUGAAGAGAACAUAAGGAAACCUAGCCCAGAGCCAAGAGGUCAGAUUAGGAGGGCUGCUAGUAGAGACCAACUUAGGGAUAAUAGCCCACCUCCAGCAUUCAAGCCUGAGCCACCAAAGGCCAAACUCCAAAACAAAGAAGAAUCCUUUGACAUAUACAAAUCCCAUGAAUACAAGACCAACAACUCUGUUACUGCCAAUAAUGAAAUUCCCGGAGCAGCCAUUAAAACAUAUGCUCCACCUGUUCCUCUAAAACCUGCCUUUGGACGUUCUAUAUUGAAGCCAUCUAUUUUCCCAUCCCAAGAAAAAGAGGAGGAUGAAGGAAAUGGGGAAGAAACAGACAAUACUCCAAAGUCAGUUCUGGGCAAAGUUAAAAUAUUCGAGAAGAUGGAUCACAAAGCAAGGAUACAGAGAAUGCAAGAACUUCAAGAAGCACAGAAUGCAAGGCUUGAAAUUGCUCAGAAGCAUCCUGAUAUCUAUGCUGUCCCCAUCAAAGCACCAAAGCCAGACCCCAGCUCAUCCCAGGUCACAAGCUCUAGACCCCCUGAACCUCAGAAACUACCUUCCAGAACAUACCAGGAUUCUAGGGGAAGUUACAACAGUGACAUUGAAGAAGAAGAAUACCGCCAGCAGCUGUCAGAACAUUCCAAGCGUGGAUAUUAUGGACAAUCAGCCAGAUACCGAGAUACUGAACUAUAAAUUUAACUGCAUUCUGGGUGUUCCCUGCCACUACAUCAAAAUAGCACUCCUAGUAAAUUAUAUGAUGGCAGCUUUUCAGUUAAAACAGACUUUGAAGAUUUGAUGGGGCUUAAAGUUAUAUUUUUUUGGGAAUGGGUUGGGGGGAAGUCUAUAGUUUGGGACAAAUCUUACACUGGAACUAGAACACAUCAUUUUUGUGAAGGGGUUGGGUUUUAUUGUUUGUUCAAUAUUAAAUGAAACACUACAGUCCCAGUACUGUUUUUUGUUUGAUGUGGACCAAAAGCUAUUUCAAGAGGUGUAUGUAUUUUUUUCAUGUUUUCAUAUUUUUUUCAUAUUUGUAUUAAAAUGUUAACUAUUUUUCUUCAUUAUAGCUGCCUUUAGGACAUUGUACCACUCUAGGCAGAAAUGUAAAAAAAGGGAUAAGAAUACUAGGACUAAAUUAAGUUCAAAGAAGUAUUUUAUUACUGCUCUCAAAGUGCCUUUAUCAAGAAAUAUCUUAAAUUUUCUUCCUCCAAUAAUUAUGCAAAGCCAUAAUGGACUAAAGAGUAUUUUAACUAAUUUUGUACUUAUUCAUAGCUAGAGCUUUUCCUACAUGGCAUCUCAUUGCCAAGCUUUUUGACUAUGUAAUAUUUUCCCCACGUUCUGGUUCUUGUGCAUGUAUAUAAUUUACAUAUACAUACAUAUUGCUGAGAAGUUUGAAGACCAGAAAGAUGAUAUAGAAAUUCAGUGCAUUAUGGUUUUUAACUUUGUAUUCCACAGAAUGAAAUAAAUAUUCUAGAAAAGCACUCUUUGUUGUGCUUUGUUAAAUAUGUUUAUAAAUGUGUGUAUAUGUACAUAUAUACACAUAUGUGUUGAUAAUGAAAUCUGUAUGUGUUUUAACUGAAUAAAAAGCCAUACAAUACAA